GAGGCCGUUGCCGCACAUCAACCGGCCAGUUUGCUUUGAGUUUACCUGACGAACUGUUCGACCAUGGGUUUUUGUGAGUGCACAACGAAAUUCUUGCUUUUCGUCUUCAACCUCGCUUGCGCCGUUUUGGGUAUACUCAUAAUCACUAUUGGCAUUCUAACCAAUAUCAAUGGAGGUUCUAUCAAAUCACUACUACAUUCUGAACUUACAACCACCAGUAUCGUUUUCAUCGUUAUUGGUUGUUUAGUGUUCUUGAUUUCUUUCUUUGGAUGCUGUGGUGUUGCCAGGGAAAGCCACUGUAUGAUAACAACGUACGCAGUGAUAUUAUCUGCUAUACUUUUGGUUCAAAUUGCAAUCGGAGUAUUGGCUUUCGUUUAUCACAAGAACAUCACUAGUGAGAUUAAAACCAGCGUAGAAAACACCUUCGCAGAUUAUGACAAUCACAGAAAAGAAAUUGAUGUCAUUCAAAAAGAACUGAAAUGUUGUGGCUCACACGGACCCUCGUAUUUUCCAACACGUGAUCUCCCAUCAUCAUGCUGUGGAACCACUGGUGAAACUUGUCCCCCUAAUCGUGCUUAUCAAGAUGGAUGUUACGAUAAAGUAGUCAUGGUUGUUAAAUCUCAAUUGAAAACUAUUGGACUUGCUGCUUUGAUCAUCGCUGCUGUUGAAUUGUUUUGCAUUUCUAGUGCAUUCUGCAUGGCAUCCUCAAUUCGACGUAGAGAGCGAAUGAUGAUCUAAUUUUAUUUGUACAAAUAAACACACAUAAUAAUCCCUGUCACCUAUUUUUUUUUCUGUACUAAAAAUUAUACUGAAUUUAAAUUAGAUGUUUUGAUUAUCAAUUUUUGUUAAAUAACAGAGCUUUUACAUGUUCAGUAUUAUAUCUAGCAAUUCAAUGUGUAGUUUUUCCUUAAAAAGCAAAAUGUACAUACAUUUUUCAUUUUAACGAUUGGAUUCUUUUUAUACAAAAAUAUUGCCCAUUCUGACAGUUUUUAAGCUUGUUUAUUUUAUUUUUAAUGUUUUCACUGUAACCCUAUAAAUGCUUGCUUUUAAGGAAAAACAUUAAUUCGCUUUUUUAAAUUUCUUUUUAAAGUCAAAUCAUUGAAACAUUUAUCUAGAUAAUUGUAUUAAGAAAAUGCUUUACAUUAAACACUGUGAAUAUAUAGUUGGGUUAAUAAUGCUUAUAACUAUUUGUGUUUUUUUAUACCCAUAAAGCUUGACCUGUAAAUUUUUUAUUAGUGCAAGAAUGUUUUGUAAUUGACUCACAUCGCAAUGUACCAUAGCAUUAAAGUUAAGCACAAGUUUCUUGGUUUUAUUGAUUUAGGGUGUUUUUUCUUUAUUUACAGUUCUUUUGCGUUGCCUGUGCAUAUUUCCUGGCGAAGUCCUUCAGGAACGUUUAUGUUUGAAAGGAUAAAAAUUAUCUAUAUUAUAUUAUACUACUAAGAGAAUACAAAAUCAUAUUUUUAUUUAUCUUUAAGUUGUACAUAAUGUGUUUUUAAGUGCGAUUAUAUUGCACUUUGUAAAAUAAAAGUUUAUUUUUAAAA